GAACUUGUCGUCGAAGCGGCUCCCUGUCAACAAAACUUACAAAAGCUGUCGCCGACCGGUGAACUUUCCAUGUCACCACCACCCUACUAUUGGCCAUCCCACUCCACGGCACCAAUCACCGCCCACUUGACACCAUCGUUUCCGGUUGAUGACGCUAGUGAACCAACGCCGACUCAAUAGUCCCGAUGGCAACUGUCAACCUCGCCCACUCCCAAGUUUUAACUCGCUCCAGGACCCUCCUCUUCUUGUCGUUUCGUGAUACUCGAUCUUCCUCAGUUUAUCCACCACGGCUCUCCCGAUCUAAGGGCAAACAGCGGCAAACAGACGAUGUUGAGCAAGAGGCCCUCUUGUACAAGGACGAUGAUACUACAGCUAUAGACGUGGAUGACUCAAGUGUUCUUCCGCCUCGAUGGGUUGAUUUUGUUGAGGAAGUGGAGGAGCUCGUCGACCAGAUUAGGCCGAAAAUGGUCCAGCUCGACAAAUUGACUGCAAAGCAUGUCCUUCCGGGUUUUACGGAUCGAUCAUUUGAAGAACGUCAGAUUGAGGAGCUAACUACUGAAAUUACACAGGGAUUUCGUAAAUGUCAACUGCUAAUACGAAAAAUUGCAGACUGUGGUCAAGAAAUCGAGGCAUACAUUAACCGCUCUAGAGCUCAGAAGUCACCCACUGGAAAAUCAAAGUACACCAGCCGAGAUGUUACGCUCGUCAAAAAUGCUCAAAUCGCUGCUGCAACCAAGGUGCAAAGCCUCAGUUCUUUGUUUCAAAAGCGGCAACGUGUUUAUCUUCAACAGCUGAAAGGUUACGAAAAACCGUCACAAAAUGAGAGCAAGGCACUGUUCGCAAUUGAAGAUGAUACCAAUGAGUCGUCUUCUCUUCACAACGGGUUUAGCCAAGGAAACGAGCCACGCCAACAUCAGGAGCAGCUUCACUCACGCCAAUCGGUCCAUCAUGGAGUAAAUCAAGACAUCGAGCAAAGAGCCAAGGAGAUUGAUGGGAUUGCUAAGUCGAUUUCUGAGCUCGCGGAUAUGUUCAAAGACCUGGGGAACCUGGUUCUUGAUCAGGGCACUUUACUUGAUCGGAUUGAUUAUAACGUCGAGCAAAUGAGUACUGAUAUCCGAGGUGCAGCCCAAGAACUCAAAACAGCUACUCAACAUCAGAAACGGUCAGGGAAAUGUCGUGUGAUAUUUUUGCUGGUUCUCCUUGUUUUUGCUGCAGUGUUGAUACUUGUAUACAAACCCCGACAUUCUGAUCCUAAUCAAGACAACCCAGUGUCUGGUUCUGGCACACUGGAUUCUUCAAGUCAAUCGAAGACGAGCUCGCCUACGACCAGCCUGCGUCCUCGCUCCAAUGUGCUCACGACUUCAACUGGUCGAGACAGGCAAUACCGUGGUGGAUGGAAAUCUUGCUGAAUUAUUAUGUCGUUGAUGUCAUAGAUAGAUGUGAUAGAUGUUUCCUCUCGAUCUGAGCUAGAUCUGUUUUCAUGUGGUUUGUACAAUCUUUACUGUUAUAUCAAGUCUCGACGCUGCAGAAUGGAUUUCGGAUAGAGAAUGCUACAACUCAGAAACCCAACCAAACAAUGGGAAUUUUAUGAAGUAA